AUGUCUCGUACCCAACAAAAAUUACAAGCUAUGUCAGCUCAAGAAUUAUUAAUACAAGAAAAAAAACGAUUGAUAGAAGAAAAAUUGCGUUUAGAUAAUACAAAGAAAAAUAAUAAUGAUUCUGUUCAUCAAAAUAAUGUAAACAACAAUAGUUCGGAACAUCAAUCAGUAGGAAAUAAUAUUUUUAAAAAUGACGGUUCAUUUCUUGAACAAUUUCGAAAAUUUCAAGGACAAUCAUCAAUAUUAACAUCACCGGAAAUAACAAAUCAAAAUAAUAAUAUACAACAAUUAUCCUCACGCGAAUCAGAAUAUCUUUCUACAAAUUCUUCACAACAAUUUGGAUCCCCUUGGUUUUCACCUAAUUCUCAACCUCCAUCUAUGUUUGAUCAACACGGUCCACCAUCAUUUCCAAUACCUCCAUUACCAUUCAAUCCACCUCCAUUACCACCUCCUUCAUUCAAUGCACAAUCAGCUUUUUUUCCAUCUUCAUCAUCUACUUCAAAUAAUCCAUCUAAUUUUAUUCCACAAGCUCCUUCUUCAACAACAUCAUUUCUAUUACCACCACCUGAAUUUCUUUCAAAAAUACUUCAAACACCACCUCCACCUUUACCAGUUCCUGCUCCUGUAAAUAAUUUAUCAACAACAAUAAACAAUAAUAAUAAUGUUAAUAAUGCAGAUCUCUAUGAUCCAUUAAAAGUGGAAGAUGAAGAUGAAGAAGAUACAGAACAAAAAAAACUAUCAAAUCAAAAAUUAAUAAAUCGAACAUUUAAUAUAAAAAAGGAAUAUACAAUUAAAAUUGAACCAAAUCAAUACACAUCAACAAAUAUUAAUCGUAAGUGGAAUGAUGAUGAUGAUGAAGGAUCCGAUGAUCGAAAGACAAAAUCAAUGACUAACAUUCGUAAAUAUGAUUUCUAUUUGAUAAUUAAUCAAUUAUUUAUUUUAUUUUAUUUUAAAGAGAAAAAUGAAGAAAAUAAUCGUAAACGUAAAUCACGUUGGAGUAUCACUAAACAAGAACCUAUGGAACAUAAAUUUGUUGAACAAAUUCAUGAAGCAACGGAAAAAGCAAAAAAAUUUGUUACACAACUUAAUGAACAAAUGAAAUUAUAUCCUGAAGGAUAUGAUGGAACAAAAAUGAAUGAUGAACAACGUGGACAAUAUGUUGAACAGAAAGAACUUCAAUCAAUCUAUCAAACUAUGAUGGUUAAAAGACGUGAAUUAGAAAAAGUUGCUCGACAACAACAACAUAAACAUGAAUAUGAUUCUGAUGAAGAAACUGAUACUAAAACAGGUACCUGGGAACAUCGAUUACGUGCAGUUGAAAUGGAUAUAACACGAGAAUGGGCAGUUAAAUUAACUGAAAUGGCACAUGGAAAACAUCAUAUUGGUGAUUUUAUUCCAGCACAUGAAUUAGAAAAAUUUAUGAAAACUUAUUCAGCAUUAAAAGAAGGUCAAACACCUGAUGUAUCUGAUUAUCGUGAUUUUAAAAUUCAAGCUGAAAAUAUUGGUUAUCGUCUUUUGGAAAAAUUUGGAUGGAAAGAAGGACAAGGUUUAGGUAAAAAUUUACAAGGCAUUGUUAAUCCUAUUAAUAAAGGAACAACACCGGUAAAUCAUUCUGGUCUUGGACAAGAUCGUCCAUCAGAAUUAGAUCGUAAUGAUGAUGAAUUUCAAAUGUAUAGAAAACGUAUGAUGCUUGCUUAUAGAUUUCGACCAAAUCCAUUAAAUAAUCCACGUCGAGAUUAUUAUUAA